AUGUCAAAAUUUGAUGCCGUAACACAUAAUGAAUUGCUUGUGGCAAUUCAACGAUAUCUCUCUCAAGGCCCCUGUAAGGAAGCAGCCAAGAUGCUGAAGGAUGAGAUAGAAAAAAAUCAGUUACUGCCUAUGCGAUAUGAUUAUAAAGGCAAAGCUCAUCAGCGUUCUUUCGACGAUUUUGAAAGAUCCGUUAUACCGUUAAAUGUUUCACUGGUUUCUUUAAUCGAACGACUUGGUUCUCUGAUCACUGUCGCAGUUCCGAUUCCUUUGCGAAAUCUACCUCUAAGAAUAUAUAUGAAUAAACCAUAUGCUUUAGAUCGGAAAUCAGGGGACUUGAUAAAGAAGCCAGCAUUACGGAUUGCCUUAGGACGUUCGAAUAUCAGUAUGCUGAAAAAAUUGAAUCCAAUACGAUCACGGAUGGCACGUGAAAUGGGUAGGCAAAUAACACCGAAAUAUCUUUUGCAUAAGAGUUCACUGAAUAAUUUCGAAUUACAUUACCGCAUUCUUGGCCAUCUGUCAUCGGUUUUUUGCGUUGCUUUUGAUAAAUCAGGCUCUUAUGUCAUUACGGGUGCUGAUGACAAUCUUGUUAAAGUGUGGAAUGUACGGACGGGCUUGUUACGUUUCACGCUGCGAGGACAUUCAGCGGAAAUUUCAGAUAUGUCCGUCUGUGAGGACAAUACGUUGUUAGGUACUGGUUCCGUGGAUAAAACAAUUAGAGUUUGGUGUUUGCAAACAGCUGCACCAUUAGCUUUUUAUCGCAGUCAUUCGGCAAUGGUUACGCUAAUUGCUUUCCUUCCGUUCGUCGAUGGUACCACUCGUUAUUUGGUUUCAGCUGGUGGUGAUUGUCUUGUAAAUUUUUAUCGCUAUAGCUCUUUGGAUCAUGAAUUUGAAGCAGUGCCGACACGUUUCUAUGAACGUACAUCAUCAGGUGCUCGUAUUGUAAGCUCAUGUCAUAGCCCUGGUGGUAGCUUAGUAGUUUUUGGUGAUACACAUCAUAAUCUCAGGAUUUACAAGAUCACUCGUGAUAGUAUUAUCAAAGUUAGCGAUAUUGAAGCUCAUACAGAUCGUGUUGAUAGUUUGGUAUGGGCACACAGAGGAUUACGUUUUGCAAGUGGUAGUCGAGAUGGUAUUGCUAAAGUAUGGAAAUUUGAAUUUAAUGAUUGGAUUCCACUUGUCUUGCAACCUAAACUCAGAGAUGAAAAGGUUUCAAAUUCACGUAACACAUAUAAGGUAACAAUGCUAUGUUGGUCAUUGAAAGAUGAUCUUAUUGUUACUGCUGGUUCCGACUUCAUCUUACGGGUGUGGUCUUCAUUAUCCGGCAGUGAAUUACGUCAACUAGUAGGACACAAAGAGGAUGCUUAUGUGCUGCAUUCACAUCCGAUAUUUGAGGAUUACAUUUUAAGUGGCGGUCAUGAUGGCUUUUUGAUGGUUUGGAAUGUUUAUACGGGUACUUUGGUUAAACGACAUCAGAAUCUCAUCGAAGGAUCUGGGUAUGGAGCUGUUUUUGAUUUUGCAAUUUCACCUGAUGGUACUUUGGUUGGAGCUGUCGAUUCGCAUGGACAUCUGUCUAUCCUUGGUAUUGGAACGAAUCAAAUGGCUAAAACUACUCCAAAAGAACAAUUUUUCCACACUGAUUACAUGCCACUUAUACUGGAUGAGAAUAAUUAUUUUGUGGAUGAAGAAACAGAAAUCGCACCUCAUCUUAUGGGCCCUCCAAGAAUGGUUGAUGCAGAUGGUGUUGAUUAUGAUGAUGAUAUACAAGCAUUGGUACCUGGACGUGACCUGUUGUUACGAGAUGAUAGCUUGAUUCCACAAAAUCCACCAUGGUUAUUACGACAAAUGGUUUGCAUGUUGCCGAAAUCAGCAGUUGAGAUAAAAAAUAUGUAUCUGACUGAAUUAAGGGAGGAGGAAGAAGAUACAUUGUUACAUGAAAUGAAUCGAACGCGACCACGUGCUGUUUCAGUUAUUGAACGAAAAACUAAUGUGAUUAAUACAGCUUCUCGAAGAAGGAGAGCGGGAGUUCGUUGGUCAGAAUGUUUUCCACAGCGACAGCGGAGGCUUCGGAAUCAACAAUUAGUAGAUGAAACCGAAGCUGAUGAUGAUGUAACGGAAGCAUCCACGGCUGAUUCAUCAUUUAUCUCUACUUCAGUAACUGAUGACGAAAUUUCAAGCGAGAAUAUUGCGAGUUCUGACAAUUCCAGCGAUAGUGAUUACGUCAUUAAUACGCGGAGAAGUGCUAAUCAACGUCGAAGAAGAGUUGAAACGGAGCAUGACGAGAGUAUCGUUACUCCAAACACUACACCCAUUAGAACAACACGAAGAAGACGUCGACGAAUUGUAUUAUCAGAUGAUGCCGAAGAUGUUCCGUCAGCUGAUGAUAAUUCAAUUGAUAAAAAAUGUGAACCAUCCUCUUCAGUUUCACAACUGAAUUAUAUAGAUACCGAACCGGGACCAUCAAAUAUCAGAUCUUCGCCCUCUACAGUUGCAGCUUUACGUUCAUCAGUUGAUAGCAUGUCGGGUAUUUCUACUCCACAUUCACCUUCUGACCAAGACGCAUCACCUGUCUCUCUAGAUAAUUACGACGCUGAUGCAGAUUUUCCACGAUGGAUGCGUCUAACACAACCACUUCGCUUUCCAUACAUAGCACAAAUUGGAGAUGAGGUGGUUUAUUUCAGACAAGGGCACGAAUUUUAUUUGCAUGCUGUAGAAACAAGAGACUUAUAUCACGUUACUCAUAGGCUCAAACCAUUGGCUCAAUUAAAUGCCGAAGAAUUUUGCAUCGUUGAGGAAAUAAGAUACCUAAGAAAACCAUAUAGGCUAACAGCAGUAAAGCUUGCACAGACAAAUGUGGCAGGUGUGCGAACCGGACUGAUAUUCUCAGUGAAAUUUCAUGAUAUGGAAAAUGUGCCCGAUUUUAUUAUAUUACGACAUCUUUACGAUGAAUCAGUGGCACGUCGUUAUCAACCGGGUACACGCAUUGAAAUUAUUUUGGAUAAUCAUUGGUGGACUGGUACCAUUGAUAAGAAAGAGGUACAUGAUGAAGAAAAUUACCCGAGAUCGAAUUGGUACUGCCUUACAGUUAGAUGGGAUACUGGAGAAGAUGAAAAGAUGAGUCCGUGGGAUGUGCAACCUCAACAACCAAAUCGACGUUCAGGCAUUGCAAGCGAAGAAGAUCAAGUACUAUUUUCUCAAUAUCCAGUCAAUGAAAGAGACUGGAUGGGCGCAGUGGAGGGUAUCAGUGCAUGCUCGAAACGUUUCAUCGAUGCUGUGAGAAGCAUGGAAGAUGAUCCUCACAUUAAACCAUUUGCAGCACCUGUCAAUUUGAUUGAAUAUCCGGAUUAUUUGUGGGAUGUGGAUUAUCCGAUUGAUUUGAGUACGAUUGUUGAACGGGUCAAAAAUAGAUUUUACAGAAGAUUGGCAAGUUUAGAGCAGGAUAUUCGCUAUAUUGCAAUAAAUGCACGUCUUUUUAAUCAGCCAAAUAGUGAAAUUGUUCGAAAUUCAAGAGUCGUGGUAGAAACACUCAUCCGUUAUCUUAAUGAUGCUCAAUAUACGGAUGCGAUGCAGCUGUUUCGUAUUCUAAAAGCUGGACAAGAUACUGAAUUAAAAGAAUACAAUAAUUUGAAGCAGUGCACCAAAGUUGCAGUUGAAGAAAUGAAGGAAGAACCGUCCACUGUUGCAAAGAAGGCAAAACAUCGAUCGCGUAGUAAUGUUAUGCCACCGAAUCCCUCUGUUGAUCUUCCUUCUGAAUGGUAUAUCGAAUGUGUAGAUGUGCUACAAGAAGUGAUGUCGGAACGAACUUCAACUCAUUUUAUCAGUUCUGGUGGUGAGUGGCUUGCGGAUGUGUUUUCAUCAUAUGAUGACUUGUUAACUGUGAAGCAAAAAGUUAUCACACGAACGUAUAACAGUCCAUUGGAAGUUGUUAAUGCAGUGAAAACUUUGAUGCAAGCAUGUAGAAAUGCUGUUGAUAAUAAACGGUCACCGGUUUUUCGUGAUAGCUUAGCAUGUGCUGCAUCAUUUGACAGCAAAAUGGCACCUGUUGUAGCAAAAUGGCAACGUAUGAGACAGUCAGAAAUACCAUUAGCUACAAAUGACAAUGAAGGUCACCAUUUACGAAAUCGGCCAAGGAAUUCACAUAUCUAUAAUACAAGAAGCCGUCAUGAAGAAAAACAACACGGAGAUGAAAAAAAUGGAGUGCCAACAAAUGCAACCACAUCUUAUCGUUCUGCGCGGUCUGGAAGAAUGCCAAGCGGGUAUUAUCGAAAUUUAAAUAAUGGAAUAUAUAUGACACAUGAUCAAGGUCCUGCAAAUUUGGAAUCUUUCGGUUGGUCUAAUAAUCAGGAUUCUGGUCGUGCGAGAAGAAAUACCACCGAAUGUAACCAUACAAGGAAUCACCAGACAAAUAGUAGUACUGUACAAUCAGAAGAUCAACCAGGACCAUCGGGAUUGCAAAACAAAAAUAGCCUGAUAAAUCUGAGAAGAAGCUCGAGAAAGAGAGAGAAACGUUACAACUUUGGUGCAGUGACAGUAACAGAUGAAAGUGAUGAAGAUACAGCAAAAGAUCGUAUUUUAUGCGAUGCAAGAAAUGCAGCUGAAAUAGAUAAUAAAAAUAAUAAUAGUAAUGACGAUGGUGAUGAUGAUGUUGAUGAUGAGGAUGAUGAUCAGUUAAGCGAUUGUAGUUGGAAUAAGCGAACAAAUAAUACGAAAAAAAAUAAAAACUAUCGAAAACGAACAUGUGGAAGUCAGGAAAGUGUGGAAAUUACUAAGAAACGACGUCGACAAGCCACACUGAAAAAAUUUAAAGAAGACUCAAAUUCUGCACCGUACUCCGUUAGUGAGCAGAAUUCAGCAGUGGCAAGAACAUAUGUGACAAGAAAUCGGCAAGAACAUCGAAAUCAUACAGCUACACGAGCAAACGGUGAUAGCCAUCCGCGGAUUCGAUUAAGACGAUCCGUUCAACGCAAUGUUAAUUAUAAUGAAAAUGAAGUUAGUGAUGAAGUUGAUAACAAUUAG